AUGAAUUCGAACUACGGGAAGGGAUCAUCGGGAUCAUCAAUCAACACCUUCGAUUUCGAUCUCGGCCUCGGAUCUACUAACAAAGGCAAGCCUCUCAACGGCCAGAAGAGCCAAACACCUUCUUAUACGCAGCCGAGACCUGCGUUUCAGCCUGGCAAGCCUUCGUGGACGCAUCAGCCCGCGCCGAAGCAGACGACGAUCAGAUCUGAGAUCGGAGGUCCGACUUCUAUGGUGGGGGAUAUUCACGGCAAGACGUGGAGUAGCUCCGGAUCCGGAUCCGGAUCGGGUUCUGGUAUUGGGAUUGUUAACAAGGAUCCGAGCUUGUUCGGAGAUCUUGUUGGAUCGGUUAUUGGGAAAUCCAGCUCAAACGUGCCGUUGAAGCAAGCUCCUCCUGCUUCCGCUUCCAAGAAGGGAUCUUAUUCCAUGGGGAAUCUUGCUGAUGCUUUGCCUAAAACUAGUGGUGGUGGUGGUGGUGGUGGUGGUUGGGGUUAUAAUAGUAAUCCGGGUGGCGUUUCGGGUGUUAAUGCUAGUAACAGUAUCAAGACUCCAAAUCUUGGAGGUCCUUCGAUGAAAAGUAUGUCUGGGAGUAAUCUAAAUGUUUCAUCUAAUAGUGAUCCGUUUGGUAACUUGGUUGGUUUCGGAUCGAAAUCAUCGGGAAGUAUCAAUUCGGAGAAGGCUAAGAACAAUGCAAAGAGUGAUGAUGCUUUUGGGACAUUCCAAUCUUCUGGUGGUGGUUUUGCGGGUACAACCACCACUAAGAACGAUGAAUUUGGCGGUUUCCAGAACGCCUCCGCCGCGGCGAAGUCAGACUCAUUCUCAUCAGGCGGGUUUACGAGUGGCUUUGACGCAGCUUCGAAUGUUGGUUUUGGUGUGGGUUCAAGUGGUAAAGAUGAUGAUCCGUUAGGAGUGUUUUCUAGUUCCACGGCUGCUGCGGCUACGCCGCAGAGUGAAGAUUGGGGGUUUGAGAGUUUCGACGGUGGGGCUGAUUCUGGCGGUGGUUCAACUACUGAGCUUGAUGGGUUGCCGCCACCUCCACCGGGUGUGUCAGCUGCGUCGGCUAAGAGUAAGGGGAUUGAUAACCAGAGACAAGGUCAGUAUGCUGAUGCCAUCAAGUGGCUUUCUUGGGCUGUGAUUCUCUUGGAGAGAGCUGGCGAUGAAGCGGGGUCUGCGGAAGUGCUUUCGACUAGGGCUUCGUGUUACAAAGAAGUCGGAGAGUAUAAGAAAGCUGUAUCUGAUUGCACAAAGGUACUUGACCACGACGAGAAGAACGUGACGAUUCUGGUACAACGAGCACUUUUAUACGAGAGCAUGGAGAAAUACAAACUGGGAGCUGAUGACCUAAGGAUGGUUCUCAAGAUCGAUCCUGGUAAUAGAAUUGCUAGAAGCACCGUUCACCGCCUAACCAAAAUGGCUGGGUGAUUGAUUGAUCAACCUUCAUACACAGAUAUUUCCUUAAUUGUCUCGAAAGAUAAAAAGAAGACCCUUCAAAUCUUCUUCUAUUAUCUUCCUCUCAAUACCGUUUCGUCUCUCAUCAAUGGACCUUGCGUAUGUAGUCGUUCUGAGUUUUUCUAUGGGUUAUUAAUAUUCUAUAAUGGGUCAGUUCAUGCGGUGUGUGGGUUCUGAUUUAUGAAUGUAUUGUCAUCAAUUGAUUCUCUUAUACAUUACUUUUUGUUCUAAGAUUCUCUUUUACAUAACAUUUUUGAUAUCACGAAAUAUUUGACCAUAAAUGAUUUUAUAUAAUUUAA